AUGCUCCUCCCGGCGCUCCUUUAUCUGCUCCUCGCACGACACGUCAGCGCCCGCGGCCCCUUCUUCACCCCCUCCUCCACCGACACAGAAACAAGCUGGUUCCUCACGCCUCCGCCAUCCGCCCGCGCCCAUCUCGGCUCCACCGUCAACAUAACAUGGCACUCAGACCGCGCCGAAGUCCGAUUGCUCCUACACAAGCGCGGAUACACAGGAGCGCAGUACAUCGGAGAAAACCGCUGGUUCGCAUGGACCGUCUCGUCUGACUUCGGAUCGGAUGUCAAGCAGCCGUUUGCGCUGCAGGCCUUGGAGCCGGCGGGUGAGGGGCAGGACUGGUGGAGUCCGAUGUUUUGUCUCGUGGAGGCGGAGACGAAGACGGCGGCGAGCGGCGGCACUUUGAGCUUGGGGGCAUCGACGGCAAAAUCGACUUCUUUGGGCACGGCGGUGUGUACUUCACUCCGCGUACAAUACACCCUGGCGCCAGAGGACGAUCCUGGCAGCAGAUUCGACCACGAGGGCUUAGAGAUGCGACGCAUUGCUGGUCUUGUUGCUGGCGUUGUACUAGGUUCAAUCGCGGUCGUGUUGUGCUUAGCACUAUGUCUCUGGAGGAUCCGGCGCAGACAACCAGGAGGCGCAAGGGCAUCGACAGCCGCGCGUGGCGACGAGGUGAUCAAGACUGAGACUCGUGCUGAAUUACCCGCGGAGAGAAGUGUGCUGGAUGUUAGUAAUUUUGAUGAAUUCGCGGCUCGAUAUUCGUAG